AUGGCAUCCAAAUUAUUAGAUAGAAAAACCAAGAUCAUUCAAAGAGCCGUAACGGGUGUUAGACAUGGGUUAUUACAAGAAAAGACGUCUUCAUCGUUACCGUGGGCUACAGACCGACACGAACCACGAAACGAAGACGUUUCCUCACCUCCCACAAAGAGAGCGCGCAGUUCAGAUCGGAUGGGCAAUUACACACCCGAUAGGGGGCGAAGCCCAGCCAGAGUUGUUAGCGGCAACAACGGUCCCGAAGCAGAAUCGGAAACCCUCCUAGGACAAGCCCUAGAAGGAUCUGGUACGCCUAUGAUUAAAGAAAAAGGCAAUUCAGAAUCAUCAAUACAAGCCCAGUCGACGGGCGAAGACAGCAAUAGUAGUGAUACAGCCAUGAGCGACCAUGGCGACGAUCCCGUUACCCCAAAGACUGAACCAUCCGAAUACCCCAUGUUAGACGAUCAUCAUCCAUUUAGCACGAACGGCGGAAUAAUGGACCCGACGCGGGGGCCAGGCGGAUUUCACAAUGCACUUUUAGGACUUCAAGGAUUAGGAGGACUUAUGCCGGGACCUUCGGGAAUGCACAAUAGUCCUGACAAUUUUGUUUCAAGGCGAUCUAUGGACAUGUUAAGAGUGCGAGCGACUGACCCACGACCGUGUCCCAAAUGUGGCAAAAUCUAUAGGUCCGCCCACACCCUUCGUACCCACUUAGAAGAUAAACACACGAUAUGUCCCGGUUACAGGUGUGUCCUGUGUGGAACCGUUGCAAAAUCCAGAAACUCUUUGCAUUCACAUAUGUCACGACAACACCGAGGCAUCAGUACAAAAGAUCUUCCCGUCCUUCCCAUGCCUGCACCUUUUGAUCCCGAUCUUGCCAGCAGAUUAUUGGCCAAAGCUGGAGUUAAAAUAAGUCCAGCAGAGCUUCGGGCUAGGGCCUCCCCUACUGGUCCCCGUCGAUCUGAUGUGAAAUUAGACGCCAAAAGUGCAUACUCCGGAGCAGCAUCCGAAGCUGGUAGUUCGAUCUGUGGCGACAAUGAUCCCGAAGACCUUACAAUGUCAAAUCAAAGGUACGGAGGUCUAGAUUUCGGUCUCUCACCUCCUAUGCACCAACAAAACCACUUUAAAAUGAACAGGUCCGGACAGGCAGUUGCAGCGAAGAGUCUGGAUUCCCUUCACAACCUUUCCAAGGAACCGUACCCCGCACCUUUAGCUCCUCCGACUUCAGGUGCGAAUACGACAGGUUCAGCAAUACUAGAUACCUACCUGCAGCUGAUGAUGUCGACAGAGCAAGCAGCGGCGGCAAUGCAAGCUGCGAAUCUAGCGCAACUGAACGCUAUGGGCCUGGACAAGGCUUCUCAGCAGCAGUUCUUGGAAAAAAUGCAGCAGAUGCAAAGCGCUAGCGAGAUGAUGAUGAAAAGGAACGAUGAAAUUCGGCGAGGGGAGUCAGACAUGGUAAACCAUGACAGGAACAACCAAGACAAACAUCACGACGACGCUGACACGUCGGGAGGGGAGGAAGAUGAAUAUAGCGAAGAAGAGCUAGAGCGAGAAAGCGUGAAAGCUGGAGGGGAGUAG